AUGAAUAAUUAUUACAUUGAAAUACUCCACAAUUUUGCUAAGGUUAAGACAAUACCUAUUGAUUUCAUUAAAAAUUUGAAAAAAGACCCUUCAAACUUGUACGAAUUGUUUUAAAUGUUUGUUCAAAUGUUUGAAGAACAUCCAGAAAGUCCUGAUUUAAUUAUCUUAACCAUUUCAUUAUCUUAAGAUGUUCCUCCUUUUUACUAAGUUCAAUCACUAAAUAAUUUAACUGUGCUGCUUUUCUAAGCUCAUUUAAUAGAUUUAGCUAAAAAAGUAGCAAAAUUUAACUUGAAAUACUUUCAAUAGGAUAACCCAUAACUACAUAUUAUCACACAUUUAAACUUAGCCAGAAUUUAUUAUUUUUUGUAAGAUUUCAAAAAGUGUCUCUCUAUUACAGAAAAGGCUUUAAUUAAUUAUGAACCAUAUGUAAGUCUUUGCAAUUUAAUUAGAUUAGAUUUUCAAAGAAAUAAAAAAUACUUGUAAACCUAAAGAUAUUGUUCUUCUUCUAAAUGGUUAUAUUUUCUAUGCAAAAACAGUGCAAAAUUUAUAGGUUCUUGGAUUUUGUUAAGAUUUAGAUUUUUAAUAAUUUUUUAUAAAUGGAGCCAAACUUGGUCGAAAGUAUUUGGGACCAACUCAUCAAAUUACAAAACUAUUUUUAUUUAGUGAAAGAGGGUCUAAUAUGAAAAAAAGCAUAAACAAUUAUGUUCCAUUAGUAACUAUUAAAAACGAUAAUUUUAGAAAAAACCAUUAGGCAAAAUAUUAAACUCAUAAAAAGUAUGUUACUAAGUUCAUCAAUUAAUUAAGACAUUGAAAAUUGGAAAAGCACCAUUAUUUAAAAAUGUUAGGCACAUUGAAAGAUCUAUCAGUGAAGCUUAAGGAUUUAAAACUUUUAAACGACCUGAUUCAGUCAAACCCUAAUCAUAAAGAAAUGAACAAAAUUAAGUACAAAAAACUUAAUAAACAAAUAUACAUAAAGGAAGUUUUAGAAUUUAAUCUCCAAAAGUAUAAUAGUCGUAAUUUUAUUAGUUGAUCUAAAGCCAAAAAGUAUAACCUUAGAGCGAUCUUGAAUAAAUUAUACAAAGUAAAAUAGAUACAUUUAUGAAAUCUUAAAGUUAAAAGAAAUAAGAACCUAAAAUUGUUGAAUUAGAAAAAAAAAUAGAUGAAUUAACAAAAGAAAAUAAAAGAAUUUAAAAUUAAAGAAAAGAAAGAGAAAUUGAAAUUGAAGAAUUAAAAGAUAAAAUAACUUAGUUAAGUGCUGAAGCAUCAAAAAUCAAAUUUAGAUUAUAAGAACAAGAAGCAACUUAAGAAAAGAUGAAAUUAUUAUAAUAAUAAUAAUAACAAUAGUAAAUUCUAUAAUAAUAGCAUCAACAAUAAUAAUAAUAAUAAUAAUAAUAAUAUUUACAAAAUUCUUAAAUUUCAACUUAAUAGCAAUAAAGUUCUGAUUCUUAACCUGCGAUAAUGUAAGAAAGAAUGAGUUUUGGAAUAGCUUCUAAUCAAUCUUAAAAGAUUCAAAAUUUAUAGGUUAAAAAAUAAGAAAGACAAAGUACAAUUGAUAUUCAUAAUUUAAUAAAUGGAUUAGUAGAUACUGACGAACCAAAAAUAAAUAGCAUAUCAAUGAUAAAUGAUACAGAUUUCACAUUAGAUUUAAAUUUAACAAUUUUAGAUUGUAAUAAUUUUAAACAUAAAUUUAGAGAUGGAUCAAUCUAAAUAAUAUAGUAUAAAUUUAACGACAGAUUAAACAAUAGUGAAAAAAGCAUUAAUUGAUAAUGUAUUGUAUGAGAUAUCUUGUGGGGUUGUAUAGAAAAAUAAGGAAUUAUCAAUUAAGAUAUCAUUAAAUACCAAAUAAGAGCAUUCAACUGCAAAGAUUGAGUAUGUUGAGAUGUCUAUUAUAAAAGAUUUAAUAUAAUUCAUAGAUUAUAAAAAUGUAUUGCCUUAUACAUAAUAAUUGAAAUGUAUUACUACUUUUAAGUAAUUUAUUUAAUACUUGAUUAUUCCAUUUAUUUCAAUUAAAGAAGAUGAAGGAGAAUAAAAAAUAUCAAUUUAUGCAUAGCCACAAAGUUUAUUAAAUGAUGGUGAUAAGAUUUAAUUAUGCGAUGAAUAUUGUAUUCCAUUACUGUAUCCUUUGGAGGACGGAGUAUUCCGCAUGAUAUUAAACUCAAUUACUUUAGAUUUGUAGUUUGAUUAAAGUUCAUUAGAUCAACUAUUUGAUGUGUAUGGUUAAGACGAUUAUGAAAGAGAGGAAGUUUAGGAAAUGAUAAAAAUUUAGGAUAAUUUAGAGAAAUCUAACGAUACUGUGAAACCUAAGCAUAAAGUUUACAAUAUAAGAAGUUAUAUUGUUAAAAAUUAGUAAAAAUUGACAUAAUUUUUAUAAAAAUUAAUAAAAGACUUAGAAGAGCUAUUGUAUAGAUUUUUUAAUGUACAAAAAUUUCAAUAAAUAAAUAAAAUAUUAAGUGGUACUUAAAUAACAAUGCCUAAUAAAAGUUAGGCUAAAGUUUAGAUGUGCUUAAUUAAGAUAUGGGAUAAGAAUAUAUUUUAGAGAAUAAUUUUUAUAGCUGAUAAUUCAAGAGAGCAAUGUUUUGAAUUGUUUUUAAGUAAUACAUUUGAGACUUAUGGUAAAAAUAGAAUUAAAAUUAGGUCCAAGAUAAUCAAAAGUCAAAGCAAUGGGACAUACUUAAAUUUAAUAUGAUAAUGUUUGUUAAAAAUUAGGAUUAAAUGUUAGUAAUCUUGAUUAAGGAGAUUUUCUUUUAAUUUGUAAUAUACUAUGUAAUUGUUACACAUUAUUGACAUUUACAAAAGAAUUAGAUUCAGACGAUUAAGAAAGAUUUAAAGAGAAUGCAAUUCUCCCAGUUGAAUUAUCAUGUGAAUGCAAUAAUAGAAUGUUUUUGAGUAAAAUAAAUAAUAAAAUUAGCAAAUUAAAAUAGUAUUUAUAAAAUACCAUUUACAAUGUCUUAUUUGGGUAUACAAGAUAAACCUAUAGGUAUUAGAGUAUAGAUUUAUGAUGUGCAUACAAAUACUGAACAAGGAAUGUUUUUGUCAAUAUCAAAAGAAACAUGGGAUAAAUUAGAAAUCUAAGUUAAAGGAAAACAUUCUAGAAAAUAUACUCUAUAGAAUAAGAUGAGUAGUGAAUACUAUUUACCACAAAUUUUAUAGAAUGGAGGAUUUCAAGUAAUAAAAGAGAAACUUACAUUAGAAGAGACGAAGACUUAUAGAAUAUUACAUGGGAAACAUAUAUCUUUUAUAGAUAGAUUAGAGAAUGUCCUAAAUUCUUAAUCACUAUUAGAAUAUCUCAA